CGCGGGAAAAGUGAAAAAUGGCGACUGAAGGAGUUUGAAGUUUAGCGCCACGAAGACCGAGACAGAGGGACAGAGACAGAGACAGAGGGACAGAGACAGACGGAGGGGACAGGACGGAGACACAGGGACAGUGAAGACAGUGAAGACACUUUAGUGUCCCGUCUGUCCCGAUACAGUCCAGCCCGUGUGUCGGAUCAGCAGCCGCCUGUCUGUGUCUCGGAGGACACAGAGGACGAUGUUUGACGACCUGACUGACGCUUUCUGUAGUCUGGAGCCUCAGGUGUCUCCAGGAGGCGGAGCAUGUCGGAGGGGGACGGGCCUGGAAGAAGGAGAGGGGGCGGAGUCCAGCCUGAGUGUUGGACAGUUCGUCCUCUGUCAUUGGUCAGAUGGACUGUACUACCUGGGCAAGAUACAGAGGGUGAGCCCGCCCAGACAGAGCUGCUUUGUCACGUUUGAGGACAACUCCAAGUUCUGGGUCCUCUGGAAGGACAUCCAGCAUGCUGGAGUGCCGGGGGAGGAGCCUCGCUGCUCAGUGUGCAGGGAGGCGGAGCCAAACUCUGACAGCCAAUCAAACCAAAACAACCAGAUCCUGAUCUGUGGGAAGUGUGGCAUCGGUUUCCACCAGCAGUGCCAUGUCCCUCCUGUAGAGGGCAGUGUCGGUCUCAGUCCCUGGUUCUGUAGACGUUGUGUCUUCGCUCUGGCUGUCCGGAAAGGGGGCGCUCUAAAGAAAGGACCUAUAGCCAAAGCUCUGUCAGCCAUGAAGCAGGUGUUACUGUACGACCUGGACUCUCUGGACUGGGACUCUCAGCACCGGACCAAUCAGCAGCAGUGUUUCUGUUACUGCGGAGGCCCUGGAGAGUGGUACCUGAAGAUGCUGCAGUGCUUCAGGUGUCAGCAGUGGUUCCAUGAGGCCUGUACCCAGUGUCUGCAGGAAUCCAUGAUGUUUGGAGACAGGUUCUACCUCUUCCUGUGUGCGGUGUGUAAUAAAGGAUCAGAGUAUGUCCGCCGUCUGUCUCUGAGGUGGGUAGAUGUGGUCCACCUGGUCCUCUACAACCUGUCUGUCAGCAGCAAGAAGAAAUACUUUGAGCUGGACGAGAUCCUGGCCUUCGUCUCCGCUAACUGGGAACAUCUACAGCUGGGGAAGCUGUCAAACACUCCUCUGACAGAGAGGGGGCAGCACCUGCUGGACGCUCUCAAUAAAUACAAGAGCAAGUUUCUGUGUGGGAAGGAGAUAAAGAAGAGGAAGUGCAUCUUUCGUCUGAGGACCAGAGUCCCUCCCAACCCCCCUUCGAAACUCUUUCCUGAGCGUGCUCAGAACGAUGGAGGGCAGGGCCGUAAGAAAGGCGUGGUCAGGACCAGUGCGUUAGCUGAGAGGAGGAAGAGGAAGUCUAAGUGGCUGCUAGAAGACGCCAUCCCUAAUAAUGAGCUGUCCUGCAGUUGGACGUCCAACCAUCAUAUGGCCAACAUCUUCGACUUCACCCUGGACGAACUGCAGAGUCUCAAGAGGUAAGACACUGAUCAAUACACCACUAAUCCAUACACCAGUGAUCAAUACACCAAUAAUCAAUACACCAGAAGUCUCUCUGUGACCUUUGACCUGUGUGUCCUCAGGAGGAGGGUGGGCAGCAGGAAAAGGAAGUUACCUAGCAACAGCUACAGCCAGUGGGCCAAUCGCAGCGAGGUGGGGGAGGAGCUUGGAGGCGAGGAGCCCUCUGGGAUGCUGGAGGACCAAGAAGCUACGAACCACCUGACCUCAGACCCCUCCCACUUCCUAUCUGACUCAUCCCACCUCCACUCCUCCAUUUCCUCGUAUUUCGGAGUGGCGGGCAGACUGACCAACGGGGAGAGGUACCAGGUGUUGGCUCGCCGCGUCACUCCUCAGGGGACGGUCCAGUACCUGCUGGAGUGGGAGGGGACAACACCUUAUUAGUACAGAGUCUCAGGUCACAUGUGACGCUUUGACUCCUCCUCCUCCUGAGCCUGCCUCAGUCAGCUGGCUGCUGAUUGGUCCACAUCACACAUAGAUCACCUGUUCAGAUUUUAAUCUAAGUUAUUGUUUUUAUUUUCUCAAAAACAUAAACACAGAUAAUCCAUCCUGUUUUUAAUGUCAGUCUACUCACAACGUCCUGUUAGUGUCAGACCCCAAACCUGGUCCACAGUCCGUGUACUCAAUCUGAGACAGUAAUCCACAUGUCCCCACAAACCUGUGUCAGGCACAUGUCCCCACAACCCCAAAUGUCCCCACAAACCUGUGUCAGGCACAUGUCCCCACAACCCCAAAUGUCCCCACAAACCUCUAUCAGAUGUGUGUCCUCACUGAGAGCUAGUUUGGAUGAUGGAGGAAUCAAAGCAGACCAUGAGCCUGUUAAAUCAGUGUUAGACAAGAACGAACAAAAAGUUGAAGUUCAGCCAAAGACCGAGUGCACACACACACACACACACAUACACACACACACACACACACACACUAAGACACAUGCACUCACACACAGUCAGUAGUGUUCUGGAUGUUCUGCAGAUGUUUGUGUCUCUGCUGUUUAGAACCAAACACAUUUCUUUCCUUCAUCCUCUUGUUCGUCUUCUUCCUCUUCCUCUGACAUGUGAGACAGUCAGAGGCUCCUGUAGCUCCACCCACCCCCCCGGCUGUCAGACAGCUCUGCCCUGCUGGACGGACAGAUGGAUAUGUGUGUCAUGUUUGAAGCACCUGAACAGAAGAAGCACUUCACACCUCUGAUCUGUUUCAUCACCUUUUGUGACAUCACUGAGUGAGUGUGGCCUUUUUGUGGUGACGGUGACAUCACACUCGUUAAUAUGAGUUAAUAUCAGACUUCAGCAGUUCACACAGGUGAGGAGGGGGAGGAGCCUGAGUGACCUCUGAAGUUUCAAACUUCCUGUUUGACUGUUUGUGAUAUUUAAUCACCUGAAGAACGACAGGAAAAACUGCAACUGGCCUCCACCUCCCAGAAUUCAGUGUGUUUCCUGUCAGCUGUCCUCUUGCACUAUCGUCACGGUGACUAUCUAUGCAAACACCUGAUCACAGUGAUUGAUCUGUGAAACUAAAAUAAUAAAUGUUAGUGACAUCAAAGGUUAGCUUGAAGCUAACGUAGCCCAAUGGUUUGAAUGAGGAAUGCUAAUAUUGCUAACAGUCUCUGAGACGUUAAACUUUCACUCUGUCACUUUAAACGUGCAGCUCCUCCUUGCUGCCAUGGUAACCGUGAUCCACUCCCAUUGGCCUGUUCAACGGUUGUUUUCAUUAUGUGACUUUGUUCUUUUUUUCUGUUCAGCUGACCAAUCAGCUGCCAGCUUUCUUUGGAAUAAAAAAAACCUCUUGUUUGA